GCGGCGCAAAGUGGGCGGUGAUUAUCCAGUCUCGAAACCGGCUGUCAGCUGCGCGUGGUGAGGAAACAGAACAACCUGCUGUGCGCUGCGCUCACUGAGACGCACCAUGUACCUGUGUAGGACAGCCUGGCAAAAGCUAGCGCCCGUGGCUAGAAACAGUGGCGCCGCAGCAGCUCUGCUCCGCGAUGCUCCAGCACGGCAGAUGUCAUCGGGUAGUGUUACUGGGUCUUCUGGGAGUUCCCUACCUUACACAUUAUUUGUUUGUGCUGCUGUAGCAGGUGGAGGAAUAUAUGUGUACAGCACACUAACCAGAGACCAAGCUCGCUUUCAGGAUCGCCAUGAGUACAUUAACAGCAGGCCAAAACCAGAAAUUGCAACCAAGCCAUGGCCUCCUCAGGGCGGCUCAGAGUAAAAAGCCAUGGGAAUUUCAACUCAAACUUGAAGCUAUAGGAGCAAAUUAAAGGACAGUCCAUCUUGCCGGGCAGCCUAACUAGCUAUGAUUACUUUGUGUUCUGACUCCUUACUUAAACAUAUUUCUUAAACAUUCUUAAACUGAUUACUUUCUAUGUUUCAUGUGUCUAGACAUCUACUUUGCAGAAAGGUGGGAUGGUCACAAGCUGUUUAAAACAACUUUAUGAUAACUGUAAAGCAAAUUAUCAGUUGUGGCUGAUUGCAAUUUAAAUGUGUGUGUGUAUAUCACUGUCCAAUAAAAAAAAAAUCUAUGAAUGUUUA